AGCGGCCAGUAAUAGCGCGAGAUCGCAACGUGUGUCGUGUUUCCUAGUUCGAAAUGUCAAGAGCAGUCGCAAGCUCAAUUAACGGCAGUUCCUACGAGCAACUGCAUCAGGGACGCACGAAUAUGUAUAAAGCAAAAGUCGACGUUGUCCUAGGCGCUCAAUGGGGCGAUGAGGGCAAAGGCAAGGUGGUCGACAUGCUGGCCUCUGAGGUGGACAUUGUGUGCAGGUGUCAGGGCGGAAAUAACGCUGGACACACCGUCGUGGCCAAUGGCACCGAAUUCGAUUUCCAUCUCUUGCCCAGUGGCGUUGUCAACGAGAAAUGCAUCUCGGUGAUCGGCAAUGGUGUCGUUAUACAUCUGCCAUCACUCUUCGACGAGGUGCUAAAGAACGAAAAGAAGGGUCUGCAGGGGCUGGAGAAACGGCUAAUUAUUUCGGAUCGCGCGCAUUUGGUGUUCGAUUUCCAUCAGUAUGUGGAUGGCAUGCAGGAGGCGGAGAAGGGUGGCAAGUCUCUGGGCACCACAAAGAAGGGCAUUGGUCCGGCCUAUUCCAGCAAGGCGACACGCAAUGGCAUACGUGUUGGUGAGCUCCUGGGCGACUUCAAUUUGUUCAGUGAAAAGUUUAAAUCGAUUGUCACCACACACUUGCGUCUGUUCCCAUCAAUAAACGUCGAUGUGGAGGGCGAGUUGGCACGAUACAAGAACUAUGUAGAGAAGGUGCGGCCGUAUGUCAAGGAUACGAUUUGCUUUUUGCACACGGCCCUACGAAAUGGCAAGACCAUAUUGGUGGAGGGUGCCAAUGCUGCCAUGCUGGACAUUGAUUUCGGCACAUAUCCUUAUGUGACGAGCAGCAAUUGCAGCAUUGGUGGCGUCCUGACGGGUCUGGGACUGCCGCCACAAACCAUUGGCGAGGUAAUCGGUGUGGUCAAGGCGUACACAACACGCGUGGGCGACGGCCCGUUCCCUACGGAACAGCUAAAUGAAAUUGGCGACCUGCUGCAAACUCGCGGCUUUGAGGUGGGCGUGACCACGAAACGUAAGCGACGAUGUGGCUGGCUGGACAUACCGCUGCUGAAGUACACUUCGCUGGUCAACGGCUACACGUGCAUUUGUUUAACCAAGCUGGAUAUUCUGGAUACUUUGCCCGAAAUCAAAGUGGCCGUCAGCUAUAAGCGCAGCAAUGGCGAAAAGCUGGAUCACUUCCCCGGCACUAUUGCCGAGCUUGGUAGCAUUGAGGUGGAGUACGCAGUACUUCCCGGCUGGCAAACGUCGACGGAAGACAUACGCAACUUCAAGGAGCUUCCCGAGAAUGCACAAAACUAUGUACGCUUCUUGGAGAGUGAGCUCAGCGUUCCCGUGCGCUGGGUGGGCGUGGGCAAGGGCCGCGAGUCGAUAAUUACUGUACAUUAGUUAACUAUAUAUAUCUGAAUACGUGUAUAGUGUGAGACAGAAACGCUUUAAAGGAAUCCCAUUUAAUAAUCCCCAAUAGACGCCGGUAUGGUGUUUAUGUUUAACUUACCUAACUAUUCACAAAUCAUGUACUUCUGACUAUCUACAAAAAUGGACACAAAUUUUUUUUUAGUUUUUUGCCUUUGUAAGCUUUAUAUGAUAGUUUAAAUUUCACGUCACAUGUAAUAUGUAAACAGGUUCGCUUAUUGCACACAAAUGUUAAGGAAAAAUACGGCUACAUACUUCUUAGUUUUAAGAACCAUCGAGUGCAGUUUCUAAAUUUUGUUUUGUGAAAAUGGAAGCAAAUAUUUUUACGGUAGCUCAUUAAAGUUGUUUUAAUAUUUAAAUACAACAACAUUGUGCUCUAACUUGUGUAAUUGUGUUGCAAGAAAUAUACAAAGAUUUUAAUUGAA